AAGAGAUCGAUCGAAAUUGUGGAGAGGCGCUGGCGCUGGCGCUCUGAUGCCGCCGGGCAAAUCAGUUGAAAUCGAAACGUUGUGGGCAACAGAACGCAUUUAUCUGGAAAUAAAGAGAUAUAGGAAGCAAGUGAGAGUAUAAAAAUAACCAUCAUCCAGCUAAAAGAAGGGUGGACAAUACCCAGACAUCACUGAUAUAAAAUAUAUAUAUCGACAUUGACAUUCAAGCGGGCUCUAAUUGCCCCCACCCCCUUCCAAGUAGCAGCACCAGCAUCGAACCCUACCCCAAACCCCACCCAUUUGGGGGUUAAGUGCUCUCAAUUGAAAGUGUCAGGUGGCAGCAAUAGCCAGAGCAAUGUGGUGGUGGCAUCUCUUCUUUUUUAUUUUCAUCUAUCCAGUUUUGGUCAGAUCAGAAAGAAUAUGCACAUCCAUAGAUGUCAGGCACUUUGAUGACUUCCGAAAGUUGCAGAGCUGCACACAUGUGGUGGGACAUGUAAGCAUUGCCUUUGUAGAGUUGCCGUCCAAUAUAACAUCGAACGAAUUGAAAAGCGAGGUGACUGAAAUCACUGACUAUUUGAUGGUAUAUCGUUGCCAUAGUUUACUUACACUGGAGUCCAUAUUUCCUCAAUUGCGUUUGAUACGCGGUCAGAACUUGGCAUUCGAUCAGUAUAGUCUGAUUGUCUAUGAAAAUCGUAACUUGAGGGAACUAGGCUUGGUUCAACUAUUGCGCAUUCAAAAUGGUUUCAUACGCAUCGAAAGCAAUCCCAUGCUGUGCUUUGUGCAAACUAUAGACUGGAUGUAUCUAUUGGGCAAUGGUACACAACAGCAUUUUUCCCUCAAGUACAAUAAAUCGCCGGGUCAUUGUCCAGUUUGCGGUGGUCUCAUCGAUGACUUUGAAUUUAAUACGAAUUCCACAUUAUUCUGCUGGAAUCUCCAUGCAAUUCAAGUACGUCCAAAGCCUCCCAGGCUGGCCGAUUGUGGUCCAGAGUGUGGCCUUAACGGUUGUGACUUGGCAGGAAAUUGCUGUCAAAGUAGCUGUGUGACUGGAUGCUCUGCCCAGAAUUGCACUCUAUGUGCCACAUUUGAACGCGGCGGAACAUGUGUGGAUCGCUGCCUGGCCAAAUAUGAGCUAAACCAAAGACAAUGUAUCACCUAUCGGGAAUGCCGUCAAUUGGGUCUGAUUCCCCUAACUAGUGGCUAUCGGUGUGUGGAUAAAUGUCCAGAUAAUCAAAUUGAAGUGCGAGAUGCCAAUGGCACCAUUCACUGUCAAUUGCGAUGUCAAGGUGUUUUCCAUGUGAGGACAAGGAAAGAUCUUAAUCUGCUGGAGGAUUGUGUGAACAUAAAUGGUUCAUUGAUCAUCGAGCUAGUGGACAUUAAAGAGAAAAUUGUCAACGAUUUGGAGAAAGCUUUGAUCAAUGUCAAGGAAAUAACAGGCUAUCUAAAAGUUGUGCAUUCAGCCCAGCUUGUAUCAUUGACUUUUCUUAAAAAUCUAGAUACCAUUUGUGGCAAUGAGUUGAUCGAAAAUAAAUACGCCCUAUAUGUGGUGGAUAAUCAUCAUUUGGAGCACAUUUGGCCAACCAAUCGUCAGGUGGCCAUAUUGCAUGGUUCCAUGUUCUUUCACCUCAAUCCUCGUUUGUGCACCGACAAAUUAUUUCAGUUAGAAUCGUCACUGAAAAGUAUACAAAAACUAUCCAUAGCAGAUAUCUCACCCAAUUCAAAUGGUGAGCGAGCAAUUUGUGGCGAUGCUGUGCAGACACUAAAUGCAACAGUCGAGGAUGUGAACGCCACAGCGGCAUGCAUUACGGUCAACUAUAUGAAUUGGGAUAGUAUGGAUAUUUUAAUAGGUUACUCCUAUUACUACAUGGAGGCACCUGAACGCAAUAUAACGAUGUACGAUGGUCGUCAUGGUUGCGGCCACGAUGAUUGGCUAAUGGAUCUCUCAGUUGGUUUAAACCGUCGUCAUGUUAUAUCGAACUUAAAACCUUAUACACAAUAUGCCUAUUUUGCAAAGACUCUUACCCGCACUGAUUAUCAUUACCAAGUCGAUGCCUAUUCGAAGAUACAAUACUUCUAUACUCUGCCGAGCAAACCAAGUCAAGUCACACGAAUCUAUGGUACUUCUGAAAAGAGCAAUCAAAUUCUCAUCCAUUGGUGGCCACCUAGAUUUCCCAACGGUCACAUAUCCAAAUAUUAUGUCACCUAUGAGCCACACAAUUUAACCACUGAAGAGCUUGGCAAAAGUCAUCCUAAUUAUCGACCCAUUGACGACAGCGAUUUUGAUUGUGAAUGCAGUAUUCUGAUACCCUACAAUUCGGGUCCCCAUCCAGAUGAUGAGGACUACUACAAUAAGGAUAAAAUUGCCUAUGAAGAUGCUCUACCCAAUUUGAUAUAUGUUUCUCGUAAAAAAAAUGACACGAAAAGUGAAAAAUCGAAGUCCGACGCCAAUACAAACAAUGCGACCAAAGAAAAAGUGCAGAGCCCACCUAAAGAUCAAAAACCAUCUAAAGAGCAGAUCCCGGCUAAAGUACAGACAGCUCAAAAUGCACAAGGAGUGCAGAGCCCAGCAAUAGUUCAAACCCCAUCAAUAGUUCAGACUACAUCAAAAGAGCAGACCCCAUCAAAAGAGCAGACCCCAUUAAAAGAGUCAACGCCACCAAAAGGGCAGACUCCAUUACCAACAAACACUUCGAAGGCAAUAUUAAAUACUUUGGAAAGGUUUGAACUAUAUCGCCGGCAAAAAGAUGAAAUGGGACGUGCCAUUCAGGAUAAGAAUAAAAAUGAUGUUGUGCUGCUGAAGCCAUUGCCAUUAUGUAAAGAACCCCAUGCCUCGGUCAGUCAUCAGUUGGAGGAGAAAUGUGUAAACGAAGAGGAGAUCAAUGGCAUUGCAUUGUCUGGGACCCAACACUAUUAUUAUCUAACGCAAUUAAAAGAGGAGCAAUACUAUCGAAUCACUAUAAGGGCCUGUGUGGAUGGAGUGGUUAAUGGUUGUUCGAAACCAGCGGAGGCCCUACUUAAGACCACCAGCAUGACUGUGGAAUCAUGGAUAAGGGGCUAAACGAUCAAAACCAUGAGAUAAUUCACUCUUUUCAUUUUAAAUUCUUGACAUUCAAUACUUGGGGGGAGUAAGUAGUAAGGAAUAAAACAGGGGAAUAUAACAGGAUAAAGAUUAACAGAUUUGUAUUAUACAUCUAUAUAUAUUGACAAGUGAUAAAUGUUAACUGAGUAUUAAACGCUUAAUGUUCCUCUUGAUUUUACGUA